AUGCGUCGACAAAAUAUAAAAUGGGCUUGGAAAGUUGCAAUACUCUUGACUAUGUCAUUGACUCUGUCUGUUUUAAUCGCAAGCUGGAUAUCCUUGAGUUACAAUAAUUUAGGAGAGAGCGUAGAGAGUGGAGUUGAAGUUCCAAAGCUACCACAUUUGAAAUUUGAGGCUCAACAGCUAUUGUCAGCAAUUGAUCUAAAAAAAGACUGGCAUGAUUACUUGGCUAUGGAGCGUGAUCAGAAACGAGUUGGACUCGGCGAACAAGGAAAGCGUGCUGAGCUAAAAGACCAAUCACAGAAAGAAUUGGAGCUGAAAAUGUCUCUGGAUAAUGGUUUCAAUGCUCUACUUUCCGACUCAAUUUCCGUAAAUCGUUCCCUUCCAGAUAUUCGCUAUAAAGGGUGCCAAAUAAAGAAAUAUUUGGCGAAGUUGCCUUCAGUCAGCGUAAUUCUUCCAUUCUACAACGAGCACUUGGGUGUCCUUAUGCGCGCCGUACACAGCGUGGUAAAUCGUUCGCCUCCUGAAUUGCUGAAGGAAAUAAUUUUAGUAGACGAUUUUAGUGAUCGCGAGUACUUAUUCCAACAAAUCGAGCAAUAUGUGUCUGAAAACUUUCCUAAAGUACAAAUAGUGCGCUUGAAACAACGUACUGGACUGAUUGGUGCAAGAAUGGCUGGUGCGCGCCGAGCCACAGCCGAAGUACUGAUAUUUUUGGAUUCACAUAUUGAAGCUAACUACAAUUGGCUGCCACCGCUAUUGGAGCCAAUAGCAAUAAAUAAACGAGUUUCGGUUUGCCCGUUUAUCGACGUUAUCGAUCAUAGUAAUUUUGAGUAUAGAGCACAAGACGAAGGCGCUCGUGGCGCAUUUGAUUGGGAGUUUUAUUACAAACGCUUACCGUUAUUGCCGGAAGAUUUGGAAGACAGAACUAAACCAUUUAAGAGUCCAGUUAUGGCAGGUGGAUUAUUUGCUAUAUCAAGUGAUUUUUUCUGGGAGUUGGGUGGCUACGAUGAGGGUCUCGAUAUUUGGGGAGGCGAACAAUACGAACUGAGUUUCAAGAUUUGGAUGUGUGGUGGAGAGCUUGUGGAUGCGCCUUGCUCGAGAGUUGGACAU